AUGGAGCCUCUCAAUCGAAUACAAAACAAGAAGAGACACAGUAAGUCACCAUGUCUCUCUUCACGUUCAUCGGGAGGCGACUCAUUCCUCCUCACAGCGAAGCCGUGUAAAUUCUAUCAAAUGAAUAAUUGUCCAUACCCACAGGAGGAAUGCGACUUUGCCCAUAUUCUGACGGGGGAACCUACAUUCCAGAAUGCGACGCCAUGUCGAUUUUACAUCAAAGGACACUGCAGUAACGGGCUAUGGUGUAGAUAUAAACACUCUUUGGAAAGAGGAUCAGACAUCAACGACCCACGAGUUCUCCGUUCACCCGACAUCAGGGACAUACAACCUGAACUCACACAACAAGCCCUUCGCAGACAUGCAGGCAAGCCAACGAACCCCAGACAUACUGACCGUUCGCCAGACAGCCGAACUUCGUUCCCAACAUCACCCUCAUCUGAAUCUCAAUCCCUCCAUUACCGUGGCCCCGUUUCUCCUCGUUCUCCCAUUGAAGAGUACGGGCUGAACUUUUCCAUGUGGAGCCCAGUGGUAGAUUCGCCACAUAUCUCUUCACGCAGUCGGGCUGAAUCAGGCGGCUCGCCCAAUAGUAGACACAUAUCAGAACUAUUCUCGAAUCUUGCGUUGUCCCCAACGAGUUUCGCCUCGGACAAUGCUCCCAAGGAUAGCCGCGGGCGUAACCCAAUAUAUCCAUCGAGUGUUUCGUCGGAGCUCUCGCCCGUUUUGCCGUCCAUACAUCAGGCAUACGGCCUGACUCCCAGCCCACUCCCAGCUCCUACGUAUCCAGUAACGUCGCCUGGCCUCCUUAACGACGGUUUUGAUGGUCAUUGGGCACAAGAACACAUUCAGCGUUCUGGAGUCUCUCCGCCUCCUGGAUUGCCCAAAGCAAAAGCUGCUAACUACAAAACAAAACCGUGCCGAUUUUUUCUCUCGAACAGACCGUGCCCAAAUGGUGAGGAUUGCACUUUCAUUCACGGUGACUCUGACUUCGCAGAGAAACAGCUCCCUACUGCGAAGAGCGCAGGUUUACCGCUUCCUCCAAAGCCUACCACGCUUCAAGAAGCGAAUGCACAGAAGGGUUACUUCCCUGUAUCCUGGAGGAUCAUUGGAGGCGGGGUACCUUUGAGCCAGGAUCCCAGCGCAUCCUCUGUUUCUUCAGGUUCUACAUCCAGUUCCCGAGAAGAUGUAUCCGAACCUUUGGGUCACAUAGCUCGACCAGCUGAUAUUCCUUCAUCGCUGAGUAGAAAAAAUAAGGCCAGUGCUACCCCACUGAAGCUGGAUGUAUCGUCCCUUCCGCCUGUCUCACUACGGCCGCCCAAUGACAAUGCAACCACUCCGACAAAGAUGACGCCAAAGUUUAGGCCAACCUCUACACCACCAACACCAAGCGCUACUCACUACACAAACAUUAUGUCUCUCUUCUCAGCCGAAUCUCCUGCUGUACUUUGA